AUGAUCAGUAAUUCAGCAGGUCGGUGUGCCAGUGAUCAGUUUCAGUGCAAUAACGGCCAAUGCAUCGAUCAAGACUGGAGGUGUGAUGGAACCAAGGAUUGUCCAGAUGACUCUGAUGAACUAAACUGUCCGCUGUCCACCUGUAGCUCUCAGCAGUUCAAGUGCUUGACGGGUGGAGAGUGCGUCCCUUUGGCAUUUGUAUGUGAUGGGGAGGCAGACUGCCCUGAUGGUUCAGAUGAGCAAAGAGCCUGUGGCGGUCAGACGUGCAGCUCAGACCAGUUCACCUGUCAAGAAGGGCAAUGCAUUCCCAGACAAUACAGAUGUGACCAUGUUUCAGACUGUGUGGACAACUCGGAUGAGAACAACUGCAAUUACCCAUCAUGCACAGAGAAGACAUGUGCUAAUGGAGCGUGCUACGACAACUCUCAGCAUUGUGAUGGGACGCUAGAUUGUAGAGACGGUUCAGAUGAAUCCAACUGCACAAGGUAUUGUCAGCCGCACUACUUUCAAUGCACGAAUGGAUACUGUAUCCCGAUGGCCUUCGUCUGUGAUCACUGGGAUGAUUGUGGGGACAACAGUGAUGAGAAAGACUGUGAGUAUCGGACCUGUAGCGGGUCAGAGUUUUCCUGCAGUAAUGGACGCUGUAUGCCCCAGGAAUGGGUGUGUGAUGGCAUCAACGACUGUGGAGACUUUAGUGAUGAGAACGGAUGUGAUCCAAGUAUCCGAGACUGUUAUCCUGGAGAGUGGCCCUGUCCUGGCUCUUCAAUGUGUGUGCCCAUAAACAAAGUGUGUGACAAUAAACCUGACUGCCCUGGUGGAACAGAUGAGACCAACACUACAGCACAGCUAACCUGUGGUUUAAACCAGUGCUCUGCUCUCAGCUGUGAGUACCAGUGUCAUCCCAGCCCUCAGGGUGGAGCCUGCUAUUGUCCCGAUGGCUUUACAGUAGCCAAUGACAGCCGUUCCUGUGUGGACUAUGAUGACUGUGAUAUUUGGGGAGUCUGUGAUCACUUCUGUGAGGAUCGACCAGGCACACAUCACUGCAGCUGUGCUGAUGGCUAUUUCCUAGAGCAAGGCCAUGUUUGCAAAGCCAAUAUCUCAGUGGGUUUACCACAGUUGAUCUUCACUGAUGGACGUGAUAUAAAGAUGGCAGACAUACACGGGAGGUUUGUUAGACUUUUGGUCCAAUCAGAUGGCAAAGGCUAUGCUGUGGGCGUCGGUUAUGAUUGGCACAAUCAACGGCUCUUCUGGACAGACACCAAUUCUCAGAAGAUUUACUCCAUAAACUACAAUGGUGAGGAUAAGAAGGAGGUUCUCUCUGAUGCCGUGCACAGUGCGCAGAACCUGGCUGUGGACUGGGUCAACUUCAAGCUUUACUUUGUGGAGGAACGGGUGGAGAGGAUUGAAGCAUGUGAUUAUGACGGGAGGAACCGUGUCACCCUGAUUGCAGAAAAUCUGGUGACCCCUCAUGGGCUUGCUCUGGACCCAACAGUGGGUUAUAUGUUCUUCACAGACUCUGGCUUUAACACGGAUGAUGUUAAACUGGAGCGUGCCUUCAUGGAUGGAAGUAACCGGUUUGAGUUGGUUAAGACCAGACUUGGUUCUCCUACUGGAAUUACCCUGGAUUUGGUUACUAAGAGGGUUUAUUGGACAGACAGCCAUUUUAACCUAGUCGAGACAGUCACUUAUAGUGGCUUGGAGAGGAAAGUAGUGCUGAAUGGAGGUCAUCAGGUUCCCCACCCCUUUGGGAUUUCAGUAUUUGAGAACCAUGCCUUUUUCACCGACUGGGUCAAGAUGGGUGUGAUUCGGACCAAUCGCUUUAAUGGCAGUGACCCCACUUUUCUCUACCGCUCUACUAAUAGACCUGGACAAAUUGUGGUCUCCCAUCCGCUCCUUCAGCCCACUGUGAGAAGUCCAUGUGGCAAACACAAUGGCGGCUGUGAGCAAAUUUGCCUUCUGAGUCACCGCACAGACAAUGAUGGGCUGGGUUACCGCUGCAAGUGUCGCCUUGGAUAUGACCUUCAGUCUGAUGGCCACAGCUGCUUUAAGAUUAAAGAUUAUUUACUGGUAUCUAGUGCGACAGCAGUCAGAGGGAUCCCUCUUAAUGUGUCAUCUCAGGAGGACGUAACACUGCCAUUGGCUGGUUUGACGGGAAGCUUCUCUGGCUCUGCUGUGGAGUAUGACGGGUUUGAAGAGAGUGUGUUCUACAAUGAUCGCACGCGACAACUCAUAUACCAAUCACCCAUCAAUGGCACCAAUCAAAAGAUUCUGACAGGUUACAGAGUAGGCUCUGUAGAGUCAAUGGCAUAUGAUUGGACUUCAAAGAUCCUCUUCUGGACAUCCAGCUCAUAUCGAACCGUCUCAGCUUUUAAAAUAACCGAUGGAUCCAGAAGAGACAUUGUCAAGAACCUGAUUUACCCCCGGGGUAUUGCAGUGCAUCCUAGUGCAGGAUACCUCUUUUGGUCCGAUUGGUAUCGUCCAGCUGUGAUCACCAGAGCGUAUACAGACGGAAGCAAUGCUGUUCCUCUGAUCAAUACUACACUUGGGUGGCCUAAUGGACUUGCUGUAGACUACCUAACGGAUAGGUUGUAUUGGGUUGAUGCACAGCUGGAUCGGAUUGAACAUGUGAGCAUUGAUGGCAUGGAUCGCCAGGCAUUUUCCAGUGUCGGACAAAUCACUCACCCAUUCUCACUUACGAUACACUCAGAUCAUCUAUUUGUGUCAGACUGGAGGAUAAAUGCUGUGUUCCGUAUGAGGAAGAGGGAUGGUGGAGAAAAUAUAAUACUCAGAAAGGGCAUUAUGGGCAUAAUGAAUGUAAAGGCUUAUUCAGCAGAUAUACAGAGCUUGUUCAAAAGUAGAUGCAAUUUAAUUCCAAAUGGCCGCUGCAGUCACUUCUGUUUCCCAACACCCGCAUCCAGCCGUGUGUGCGGCUGUCCCUACGGAAUGAAGCUGCAGGAAAACCAUCAAGACUGUGUAAAAGAUGACUCUGAGCCUCCACCAGAUAAUAACUGUGGAGAUUACUCCUUUCCCUGUGAUGAGGGCCGCUGUGUACCCAAUUCAUAUCGCUGUGAUGGUGUUAAUGACUGCAUCGACAAGACAGAUGAAACCAACUGCACAGAGCCAGGGGCAACCUGCUCCCCAUAUGCCUUCACCUGUGGAAACAAGCACUGCAUCCCUGCUAGAUGGCGGUGUGAUGGACAUGACGAUUGUGGUGAUGGGUCUGAUGAAGAUAACUGCCCCACACGUGGACCAACCACCUGCUCAUCACACCUCUUUCCUUGCAGCAAUGGAAACUGUAUCCCAAAAGCAUGGGUGUGCGAUGCCUUUAACGACUGUGGUGAUGGGUCUGAUGAGAGAGACUGCAAUGCAACUACUACCUGUCAGCCUGGUUUCUUUCUUUGUCCCGAUCAUCGCUGUAUUUAUGGGUCAUAUGUUUGUGAUGGAGACCAGGACUGUUUGGAUGGAUCUGAUGAGAAAGACUGUGAGUACUCAUGUGGUAUUUGGGAGUUUGCAUGUGCCAGUGGAGACCAGUGUGUGAGUGAGAGCUACCGCUGUGAUGGGAUUUAUGACUGCAGGGACCACUCAGAUGAGAGUAACUGUCCCACACGUGGGCCUGGCCUCUGCCAUGACAAUGAGUUCCAGUGCCAGGUCGACGGAUUCUGUAUUCCAAAAGUGUGGGAAUGUGACGGCCAUCCGGACUGUGAAGACGGCUCUGACGAACACAACGGCUGCCCACCACGCACCUGCAGAUCCACAGACUUCCGGUGUGCCAAUGGAAACUGCAUUCAACAGAGCUGGGUUUGUGAUGGUGAUGACGAUUGCAGGGAUUUGAGCGAUGAGACAAACUGUCCCAAUCCUCCAUUCAGCUGCCCGUCGGGAAAAUGGUUGUGUCCCACAGACCAGGUGUGUAUCACCGAGGCUCAGGUGUGCAAUGGCCAGAGAGACUGUCCCAAUGGAGCUGACGAAUCUCCCCUUUGCAAUGGAGAUGACUGUCAGGUGAAUAACGGGGGCUGCAGUCAUGGUUGUAUUCAGGGUCCGUUUGGAGCUCUGUGCACCUGUGAACCAGGAUUCCAACUGUUGAAUGACUCGAAGACCUGCGAUGACAUAAAUGAAUGUCUGAUCCCUGGUUUCUGCAGCCAAACCUGCUACAAUGAACGCGGCUCUUUCCGAUGCUCAUGUCACCACGGAUACCAGCUAGAGCCUGAUGGACGUACAUGUAAAGCCAUAUCCCCAGGUGAUGCUUUACUUCUGGUGGCCAGACGCAGCCAACUUAUCGCUAACCGCAUCAACUUUAGGCCGCAAAUCAUCCAACCCAUAGCCAGCGGUGUGAGCAUCGUCACUGUAGAUUUUGACAGUGUCAGCAAGAGGGUCUACUGGGGUGAUGUAAACUACAACAUGAUCUACAGUUCAUUCCAGAAUGGGACAGACAGAAAACAGGUGUUUCCAUCAGGUCUUAUGGUACCUGAAACUAUAGCGGUGGAUUGGGUGGGUCGAAACAUUUACUGGACCGACUCUGUCAUGGAGAACAUUGAAGUAUCCACUCUAGACGGCCGCUUCCGGAAAGUUCUGAUAGCACAGAAUAUCACCAGGCCACGAGGAUUAGCUCUAGACCCCCGCAACCAUACGAAUCUUAUGUUCUGGUCGGAUUGGGGUCAGAACCCCCGUAUAGAACAGGCUAGUAUGGAUGGGUUUGGAAGAAGAGCUAUUGUGACUAGUAAGAUUUACUGGCCUAAUGGCCUGACCCUGGAUUACCCAACUAGAAGAAUAUACUUUGCUGAUGCCUACUUGAAAUAUAUUGACUACUGUGACUAUGAUGGAAAAAAUCGGCAACAGGUCUUUGCAAGUGACUUGGUUCUUCAGCAACCCCACGGGAUAACCAUCUUUGAGGACAACGUCUACUGGACUGACCGUUACACAAGUCAAAUUAUGAUGACCAACAAAUUUCAUGGAGGAAACACAACCGUCCUUAUGUCCGCUGUAUACCAGGGCAUGGGCAUCACCAUAGAUCACGCUGUAAAGCAGCCUUCAGCGCUGAACCCCUGUGAGAACCAUCCAUGCAGUCAGCUGUGUCUGUUGUCGACCUUAAGACCUCGAUACUACAACUGCGCCUGCCAGUCUGGAUGGAACCUUGAUAGUGAUGGCCGCACGUGUACUAAAGAUGAAACACCUUUCCUGAUGGUUGUUAGGGAUACAGUCAUCAUGGGAAUCCCUCUUAACCCCAAUGACACAACCAACAAUGGCAUGACACCGAUUUCAGGCAUCACACAGGGCAGAGAUAUUGAUUUUGAUGACCAAGAGCAGUUUGUCUAUUGGGUCCAAGGCACAGCUUCUAUUUAUAGGAGUAAGACAGAUGGGACCAACCGAACUCAGUUUGCACCAGCUGCUAUCAUUGGUUCCCCCUCUGGUCUCGCAUUUGAUUGGAUUACUCGAAUUAUGUAUUACACCAAUCCUUCCACCAAUAGCAUUGAGGUUAUUAGGGUUGAUGGAUCGCAACAUUUCAGGAAAACUAUAAUCACAAAUACAGGAAAACCAGAGGGAGCUGGAGAACCAAUAGGAAUCACUCUUGAUCCUGCCAGAGGGAAACUGUUCUGGACAGAUAGAGGAACAGGCAGUGGUGUUCCACCGAAGGUGGCGAGUGCAGACAUGGAUGGUAGUAACCUUAAAAACCUCUACACUGGAAACAUGGGCAACAUUGAGUUCAUCGCUGCAGAUAUUGCUGCCAGGAAGCUCUACUGGGGUGUCCCACAAACUGGGAUGAUUGAGUGUGGAACCAUGGAUGGUGUGAGUAGGGUGACUAUUGUAAGUGGGUUAUCUCACCCCUGGGGCAUCACUGUCUACCAAAACUACCUCUACUACACUGAUCUUGACUAUGAGGUCAUCGAGAGAGUGGACAAGAACAAUGGUGCAGACAUGGUGGUGAUGAGGAGUGGCAUGGCUGGGGUGCGGGCAGUUAAAGUGCAUGCAAGAGAUAACUCUGCUGGAACCACUAAUGCUUGCAGCACAAACAAUGGUGGCUGUCCCCAUCUGUGUCUUCCCAAACCUGAUGGACAGAAGACGUGUGCCUGUACCACAGGUUUUGUCCCAUCUCAAGACGGCUCCCAAUGUGAGCAGUAUGAAUCUUACGCUGUGGUGUCCUCUUCUAAAUUCAUCAGAGGAUUCCACAUCAACAGCUCUGAUCACUCUGAGGCCAUGGUUCCUGUGGGGGCCAGUACUUACUCCAUUAUUGGCCCGUUGGACAUGCAUAUUCCCUCUGGGUUUCUGUACUGGAUUGAUAACAGCACUUACUCAUCCUACAGAGGCAUUUACAGGGCUAAAACAGAUGGUUCCCGCUAUUCUUCCAUCAUCACUCAAGUUGGCACAGGAAGGAUUCAGAGCUUGGCUGUAGAUUGGAUCGCAGGAAACUUGUAUUUCACUAAUACAUUCACAACUCAUACAUACCUCGAGGUGUUAUGCUUGAACAGCAGCAAUCGACUGAUCCUGGUCAAGAGUUCAGAUAAUCGUCCGCAAGACCUUGCUGUCAGCCCCAAACUGCGUCUCUUGUUUUGGACUGAUGCUGGCCAAUCGCCCAAGAUCGAGAGUGCUCUUUUAGACGGUACCAAUCGUACUAUUCUGGCCUCUGAAAGCCUUUCAUCCCCCCGAGGGCUCACAGUUGACUACACCAAUGACUUCUUGUACUGGGUGGAUGACACGCUGGAUAUGAUCUCCCGCAUGGCACCUGAUGGAACUCAGCGUCAGAUCGUACGGUACGGCAGUCGCUACCCAGCCCCAUACAGUGUUGCCAUCUUUGGCAACUUCAUGUUAUGGGUUGAUCGCAAGCUUGGCAAAUUAUUCCAAGCCAGCAAGCUCCCUGGAAAUACAGACACACCUGAAGUAAUCCGUGAUGGCAUUGCAGAUCUGACAGAUGUUGCAGUGUUUGACAGUCAUGUUCAGCCCACCAGUGCCAACCAGGUGGGUUUCAACCCAUGCCAGGAGGACAACGGGCGGUGUGCUCAGUUAUGCUUUGCGAUACCUGAACAGCAGCAGCCCAAAUGUGCCUGUGCUCAUGGCUCUCUGCUCAGCAAUGGCGUCUCUUGUGGCUUUGGCCUUGAUGAGCACCUCUUCUUCACCACGGAUUACACCCUGAACAGCAUCAGGCUGGACCCGGAGGACCACAGCUCCCCAUUUCCUACCUUCUUCCUCGGCUAUGGUGUCGUGGCCACAGAGUUUGAUUUCCAGGACAAGAGAGUGUUCUUUACCCAGUAUGUGGGCAUAGGAAGGAGCAAAAUCGGAUACAUCACAACCACCAGCACCACAAGCCCUCCAAUCACCAUAGCCAGUGAUCUGGAUGAUCCUGAAGGUCUGGCCUAUGACUGGAUCCACAAGCGUCUUUAUUUCACCGAUUAUUAUAAUCGGAGCGUACAGGCUAUCAGUAUAGAUGGCCAAAACCGCUCCUUCAUCGCUCAUGCCGACCGCCCAAGAGCUAUUGUAGUAGAUCCCUGCUAUGGAUACUUGUACUGGACAGACUGGGGAUACCCUGCUAAAAUUGAACGAGCCACACUUGGUGGAAACUUCCGGAUCCCUAUUGUAAACACAAGCCUUUCACAACCUAAUGCUCUAUCUUUGGAUUACGAGGAGCGAAUGCUGUAUUGGGCUGAUUCAACACUGGACAGGAUUGAGCGUGCGUCUUUGACCGGAGCCAACAGGGAGGUCAUUCUUACUCUGACGCAGUACCCCUUUUCUGUGACCGUAUUCCAGCAGGACAUCUACUGGACAGACUGGAACACUUGGGCCGUAUACCGUGCCAACAAGGACGACGGAUCUGGGCUGUUAAUAAUGGCCACAGGUCUGCAAUAUAGACCUAAUGACAUCCACGUCUUCUCCGGCAGCAAGCAGGAGAGCUGCUCCAGCCCCUGUCUGCUUUUUAACGGAGGCUGCAGUCAUGUUUGUGUACCAGGUCCAGUUGGCCCAGAGUGUCAGUGUCCCAGCACUGGUAACUGGUAUCUAGCCAACAAUGGGAAAGACUGUAUCCAUGACAACGGGCAGCGCUGCCAUCCAGACCAGUUCACCUGUCUGGACGGAGACUGCUUGUCCCAGCGCUGGAAGUGUGAUGGCUACAAAGACUGCAAGGAUGGAUCAGAUGAGCUUGAAAGAGUUUGUGCUUUCCAUACGUGCUCACCCACUGAUUUCACCUGUGAUAAUGGUGGCUGUGUGCCACUGCACUAUGUGUGUGACUACACAAAUGACUGUGGAGAUAACAGUGACGAGCUGGGCUGUCCCUUCCCCACCUGCAACCCCAUCACUGAGUUUACCUGUGUUAAUGGACGCUGCAUCAAUGCUGCAUUUGUGUGUGAUGGAUUCAAUGACUGCAGAGACAACGGCACCACUGAUGAGAUUAACUGCCCGGACAGAACAUGCGCGCCUGGCUUGAUAAAAUGUGACAACACCAACAUCUGCAUUUAUCCAUCCAACUUGUGUGAUGGCUAUAACAACUGUGGGGACAACAGCGACGAAAAUCCACUUUUCUGCGCUGGCCGGACUUGCCCUCCAGAUGAAUUUGGCUGUGAUGAUGGCAAAUGCAUUCCUCAGUCAUGGGUGUGUGAUCGAAUCCCAGAUUGUUUGGAUGAUAGAGAUGAGCCCCCCACAUGUGACUAUCAGGCUUCAACUUGUAGCCCACAGCAAUUCAACUGUGCAAAUGGACACUGCAUACAGACAUCUUUAAUAUGUGACGGCAACAAUGACUGUGGAGACAACAGUGAUGAGGCCCCAGAACUACAAUGCGGAUCGAGGACUUGCAACUCCGGUGAGUUCACGUGUCCCAUUUGGUAUCCGGGUUCUCCACGUUGUGUCCCGCUGAGCUUUGUGUGUGACAGUGAGAAGGACUGCGCAGAUGCUGCAGAUGAGCUACAGAACUGCCCAAAUCGCACCUGCCACAUGAACGAGUUUGCUUGUGCCAAUGGUCGCUGCAUUCUUGUACCCUUUCACUGUGACCGUGUGAAUGACUGUGGAGACGGCAGCGAUGAGAUCGGCUGCGUGUACGACACCUGCUCCAGUCAUGAGUUCACCUGCCAGAAUGGAGUGUGUAUCCCAUCUGCGUUUGUAUGCGACGGAGACGCAGACUGUCGGGACGGCUCUGAUGAGCUGGAAGGACUGUGCAGGAGCCCCGAACCCACCUGCGCACCUGGACAAUUCCUGUGCCAAUCUGGGGAAUGCAUUGAAAAUUCCAAGGUCUGCGACCAGCAGAGGGAUUGUUCGGACAACAGUGAUGAGAAGGGAUGUGGAAUAAAUGAGUGCAACAAUCCAGCCCUGCACCAGUGUGCUCACAGCUGCACAGACACUCCGACGGGUUACUACUGCUCCUGCAGAGAUGGCUACAGACUCAUGCCAGAUGGGAAGGCCUGCGAAGACAUCGACGAAUGCAAAGAGAAGCCGCAAGUGUGCAGUCAGGUGUGUGAGAACGCCGUGGGCUCCUUCUACUGCAAGUGUGCCCCGGGAUACCUGCGUGAGCCCGACGGUCGCACCUGCAGGCAGAACAGCGGGAUCUCCCCGUACCUCCUCUAUAGCAACCGCUACUACAUACGUAACCUGACUGCAGAUGGAUCUUCAUUGUCAGUGGUGCUGCAGGGUCUGUCUAACGCAGUAGCUCUCGAUUUUGAUACAUAUGAGAAGCAGUUAUACUGGCUGGAUGUUGGCAUGAUGCGCAUCGAGAGGAUGAAUUUAGAUGGAACAGGAAGGGAGGUCAUCAUGAACCAUGAUCUGACUGGAGCAGAGGGUCUGGCUGUGGACUGGGUGGGGCGGAAGCUAUACUGGGCGGAUGGAAAUAUUGGUGCCAUUCAUGUCUCCGAACUUGACGGGCGUUACCGGAAGAAGCUCCUUAAAGAUUGUGUUGAUGCCAACUCUACCUACUGCUUUGCCAAUCCUCGGGCUGUUGCAGUUAACCCUAAAUACGGAUGGCUGUAUUGGACAGACUGGGGUCGGACACCAUUUAUUGGCAGGGCUGGCAUGGAUGGAACUAAUGCAUCAGCCAUCAUCUCCGCAAAACUAGUGUGGCCAAAUGCCCUGACUAUCGACUACACCACCAACAAGAUCUUCUUUGCUGAUGCUCACCUUAAUUUCCUCGAUUACGCCGAUAUGGAUGGACAAAACCGACACAGGGCCAUUCCUGGCUCACUGCCUCAUGUUUUCGCUUUGACCCUGUUUGAAGAUUCAGUGUUCUGGACCGAUUGGAACACUUAUACUGUAGAAAAGGCCCACAAAUACACUGGCGCUGACCGCGUUAUCAUGGGCAACAACACACACCGCCCUAAUGACGUCCACAUCUACCAUCCCUACAGACAGCCGCGCAGUGAGAAUCCCUGCAAUGGGCAUGACCUGACCUGCAGUCACUUAUGUCUGAUUGGGGCGGGCGGCACAAGUGCCAAAUGCGAGUGUCCCGAUCAUUUUAUUGGUUUGGCUAUUGGGUUUAGGAUCCAGUGUGUGGCCGAUUGCUCCAGCACUCAGUUCCGCUGUGGUGACAAUGAGAAGUGUAUUCCCAUAUGGUGGAAGUGUGACGGUCAGUCGGACUGUGGUGAUGGAUCUGAUGAGCCUCAGACCUGUCCUCCACGUUACUGCCCCAUCGGACGCUUCCAGUGUAAGGAUGGGAACUGUACCUACCCGUUCCUCCUGUGCGAUGGACACAUGGACUGCCAUGAUGGAUCUGAUGAAGACGCAGCACUCUGCAGUGACUACCGGUGCUCUGAGAAUCAGUUCCAGUGUAAAAACAAGCUCUGUAUCCCUAUAUCCUGGCACUGUGAUGGUAUAGAGGACUGUGCAGACGGCAGCGAUGAGGAAUCCGAGAGCUGCUCAGCGAAGACCUGCAAACCCGGACAGUUCCAGUGUAAAAACGGGCGCUGCAUUCCACCGAGCUACGUGUGUGAUGCUCAGGACGACUGUGGGGAUAAUUCAGAUGAGCCGUACGAUGUGUGCAUGGGCCCAGACCAUAAGUGUGAUGGCGAUACAGAGUUCUCCUGCAAGACAAACUAUCGCUGUAUACCUCAGUGGGCUGUGUGUGACGGCACCAAUGACUGCAUAGACAACAGUGAUGAGCAGGGCUGCCAUGCGUUGACCUGUGACCCUCUGGGGGAUUUCCGCUGUGAUAAUCACCGCUGUGUGCCCAUUCGCUGGCGUUGUGAUGGCAACAAUGACUGCGGAGAUGGUUCUGAUGAGCGAAACUGUGAACCCAGACCUUGUUCAGAGAGCGAGUAUCGCUGUGACAACCUGCAGUGCAUUACAGGAGCUUGGGUUUGUGAUCAUGAAAAUGACUGCGGGGACAAUUCAGAUGAACGUGACUGCGAUUUGCUCACUUGUCGUCCUGGGACAUUCCAAUGUACAUCUGGACAUUGUAUUCCAGAAGCUCUUCGAUGUGAUGGCCGUCCUGACUGCUUGGACUUCUCUGAUGAGUCCACAUGCCCCACCCGCUAUCCCGGAGGACGCUGGUGUUCAUCAUUCCAGUUUCAGUGUGACAACAAAGUGUGCGUGAACCAGCAGUGGGUGUGUGAUGGCUUCAACGAUUGUGGAGACAGUUCAGAUGAACAACUCAACCUUUGCUGGAACAUCACGUGUGAGAUGCCGACCAAGUUCCGCUGCAACAAUGGCUACUGCAUUUACAGUGGUCUCAUGUGCAACAAGCAAGAUGACUGUGGAGAUGGAAGUGAUGAAAAAGAGGACCUCUGUCAAGACCCUACCCUUGCUCCCUGCACACCCAACGAGUUUAAAUGCACUAAUGGCCACUGUGUGCCUCUGCCAUACGUCUGUGACCACAACAAUAACUGUGGAGAUCUUACUGAUGAGCUGGGCUGCAAUUUUGGCCAUGACCGCAACUGCGAUGAGAAGUUAUGCCAGCAUGAGUGUACAAACCUAAAUGGCACGGGAUUCAUCUGCUCUUGUAAACCAGGAUAUGCUGUGGAUACGGACAACACCUUCCGCUGCAAUGAUAUUGAUGAGUGUUUAGAGUAUGGCACAUGUCUACAGGUCUGCAAGAACACUAAAGGUGGCUAUGACUGCGAGUGUGCUCAGGGCUACAGGAAAGUGGGCUCAGGAAAUCAGUGCGAGGCUGAAGGUCCUGGACCGUUGCUUCUGUUGCCAGAGAACAUCCGCAUCCGUCGCUUUAACCUCCAGACAGAGGAGUAUCAUGACUUUCUACAGGAAGAGGAACGCAUCGUGGCUCUGGACUAUGACUGGGACCAUAACAACACUGGACUCAGUGUGGUGUAUUUUACAGUAGAAGGGAAGGGCGCGACACCUGGUGCUAUCAAAAGAGCAUAUCUGCCAGCUGUGGACGAUCACAGCAAUAACAUUGCGGCUGCUGUGAACCUGGACAUCAAGUAUAUCACUAAGCCUUAUGGGAUUGCAGUGGACUGGGUUGGCAGAAAUUUAUACUGGGCCGAUGCCCAGCUCAAACGUCUGGAGGUGGCUAUGCUGGAUGGACGUUACAGGAAGCAUCUAAUCAAAACUGACCUGGGAGAACCAAAUUCUGUUGCCGUUAACCCUCGACUGGGAAUGCUCUACUGGAGUGACAAUGGUCCCACACCCCGCAUCGAGGCCUCCUGGUUGGAUGGCCAGCAGAGGAGGGUUCUGGUGGAAAAUGCUUUGGGUUGGCCUACAGGUUUAUCCAUCGACUACACUAACAACGACCGCAUCUAUUGGUCGGAUGCGAAGGAGAGUCGCAUUGAGUCCAUGCUGCCAGAUGGACAGGGCAGACGCACGUCAGUUUACAUAGAUGUGAGAAACCCUUUCAGUGUGGAUGUAUUUGAGGACCACGUCUACUGGAGCACACAGGAGAAAGGCGAAGUGUUCAGACAGGACAAAUUUGGCAAAGGUGCCAAAACCAAACUUCUGACAGCAGGACCCUGGCUCACCCAGAUCAAUGUCUACCAGCGACAGAAAUACAACUCUAUAGCCAUGAAGAACCCUUGUAAGGGCACAUGCAGUCACCUGUGUCUCCUGAGGCCGGGAGGCUACACCUGUGCCUGCCCAGAAGGCACCAAUUUAUAUCCCGGUAGCAGCACUGAAUGUGACGCAGGGGUUGAGCCUGAACCCACCAUGCCCCCUCCGUGCCGAUGUGUAAAUGGUGGAACAUGUUAUUUUGAUGACAAUAAGGCGCUCUGCAUUUGCCCCCCUGACUGGAAUGGAGAUUUCUGUGAAACCAGUGUUUAUGGCGUGGUGUCCACCUCAGUGGCUAUUGCUCUUGGAGUGACGGCGGCUGUGGCUCUUUUCCUUGGAUGUUUGAUAUAUUCUGCCCAAAAGAAAUCAAAAAUAAUAAACGUUCUUCAUAAUAUCAACAUUCCUGUCAGAAUGCCAAACUUCAGUAGACCUAGUUUCUGGGCUGAAUUCUCCAGCUCAACCGAAUCCGGACAACAUGAGAUAGCCAAAGAGGAGUCCAUUACAUCGAUAGAAGUAGAGGGAGCAGAAAAGAGUUUUGAGAAUCCAGCAUAUAGCACCGAGGAGGGUACAAAAGACUCUCCUGCAGCUCCAAGGGCUGUUACAACUACUGUCAUCAACGAACCUGCCAAUGAGAGUGUUGAAAACCCAGUCUAUUCUGCUGAGAUGAGCUCUGUGACCCAGCCAAACGGUUUUGUAACCUCUGUCAAACCAGAUGUCAGCCAUGUCAACACUGAGCCUGACAAGGUUGAUAGUUCACCGCUGCAGUCUGACGUGGUUACAGAUGAUACAUUUACUAACCCCCUGUACACGGAUUCAUCAGGUAUAUGCAGUCAGGGAGAGUCUACAAUCUGAAGACCAUUUGAGAUCAUUUUACAGGACUGGCUCUCAGUCACUUUGCCAGCUAAGACUUAUGGGUGGUAAAUUAUGGCUGCAGUAUAUUCUCCAUCUAGUCAUGAUGAUUAACGUCUGAGUUUGCAGGGAGUUACAAGCGUUGGCAAACACUCAAACAUUCAUCCUGUGAGACUUCAGUUGAUUCUCUUAUCUGUAGUUUGGUGAUAUUUCUUGUCAAAUUGUUAUUUAAUGUCAAAUAUAUAUAUAUUAA